AGAGAGAGAGAGAGAGAGAGAGAGAGAGGUGGGGCAGGGAGCAGGAAAUAGUCUUUCUGAAGAGAAGCGAGUUCACAUUGUCAUACAUUCAGGGAGUAAUAUCAAGGCACUGCGUUGGCUCCGUGGUGCAGGAGCACGGCAUGUAAUCCGCAGGCGCGUUCAGCGUACCUUUGCUUAAAACCGGAUCAGCUGUGUGAUUCGACAAAACAAAAGGGACUACUUGAAAGGUUGGAAUAAUUUCAAAACACAUUCAGGAGUAACAGCUACUGGAUCACACUGGAUAUACUAUAGUCAGUGAUUUUGGAUCAAUGUAAUGGUUUGUCUUCAGGAAGAUACGUUUCUCUAGACUCUGUUUUACCAUUGUUGACUUGUGGCUCUGCGUGUGUUCAUGGACUAAACGAAUCAUCACAAACGAGUUGUCUGAACUGGAGAUUCUGAGUGAGUACAUCACCCUUUGGGGUGAAUAUGCAAAGGGCAGAGGGCUAAAGAAAGGGGGGAGGAGAGGAGGAAGCUACACCUUGUCUCCUGUGUCUAGGGAGGACUGCUUUCACCACAGUGUCUCUCCUGAAGAAUGCUGAGGGGAAGUGUUUAAAUGCUUGCAACCACAUGCUGUCCUGAAAGCAAGCACAAGAAAGAGAUCUCUGUGUUCAGAGCAUUUUGGUCAGAGACACUUUAAAGGAAUGCCUGUAUUCCCUUUUGCUUUGUGUCAUACCAACCUUUCAUUCUGGAACCUGCAUCAAGGGAAUUCCCUCCCCAGUCGAUCUGCUGUAUAAUUCCUACCCAAUAUAAUACAUUUCUUUCCUGUAGGGAUGUACAACGUCACCUUACAGAUGAACAAUACAACUCCACAAUGGGGCAGCAUCCACACCAGCAUUUUGAACAGGUCUAACAGCUCAGACCAUGUGUGCCAGAAGAAUGACGGAUUCAAAUAUCCGCUCUACACCACAGUGUUCAGCAUUGUCUUUGUGAUCGGACUCAUUAUGAAUGUAAUAGCCAUGUACAUCUUUUAUUGCACGCUGAAAGUCCGUAAUGAAACCACCACCUACAUGAUGAACCUGGUGGUGUCAGACCUGCUGUUUGUUCUCACGCUACCAUUGCGGGUCUUUUAUUUCUCCCGACAGGAUUGGCCAUUUGGUGGUUUGCUGUGCAAGCUGUCAGUCUCCCUGUUCUACACAAAUAUGUAUGGCAGCAUCCUUUUCCUCACCUGCAUCAGCGUGGACCGGUUCCUGGCCAUCGUUUACCCUCUCCGUUCCCGGGAACUUCGGACCAAACGCAAUGCUAAGAUAGUAUGCGUAGCAGUAUGGGUGCUGGUGCUCUCAGGUAGUCUGCCAACAGGCUUCUUACUGGACUCGACCACCCGCCAACGAAACAACUCUUCCCAGUUCUGCUUCGAGAACUUCUCCUCCAACCAGUGGAAGUCCCAUUUAUCCAAGGUGGUGAUUUUCAUAGAAACUGUAGGUUUCCUCAUACCACUGCUCCUCAAUGUUGUGUGUUCUGGAAUGGUUCUUCAGACUCUGAGGAGGCCACAGGCAAUCACUCGAGGUGGAAAGCUCAACAAGAAGAAGAUCUUGCGUAUGAUAAUGGUGCACCUUUUCAUCUUUUGCUUCUGUUUCAUUCCUUAUAACGUCAACCUCGUGUUUUACUCUCUGGUGCGCACCAAAAUCUUGAAAGGCUGUGCAGCUGAAACUGUAGUCAGGACCAUUUAUCCUAUCGCUUUGUGCAUAGCUGUAACCAACUGUUGCUUUGACCCUAUCGUGUACUAUUUUACCUCAGAAACUAUACAAAACUCCAUAAGGAGGAAGUCACAAGGAGGCUCAAAGUAUACCAUGGCUUACUCUGAAGCAUUGCAAUCAGAGACAAGCUCCAGCCUUAAUUUCAGCCUGAGGACCCUUACAAACAAGAUGUUCUUCAAUCCAUUGCAAGAGUCCAUUGCAUGAAGAGACGUCACGACUCUUUAAACUGUUGGAUAUUUGGUACAAAUAUCUGCUCAGUUAAUGGACAGUUAAAGUUGUCGCUACAGUGUUCAGAAGAGUCUGUGUAAUAUUAACAUUUCAGAUCUGUUCGUGGACUGUCCCCUGAAUGGUGGCUUUGCACCCUGCAAAGUAUGCAUGAUGUCAGUACAGGAUUGUGUGUAAAAAAUAUCCAUCUUAAAUAAAGUAUUUCUCCAGAAAAAAAGCUUUUUUUCCCAGCUACAGGGACUAUAAUUACUGUACUGUGAAUACCAAAGAGUAAGAUUACUUAACAUGUAUACAUUAGUGCACUUACCUUUUUAAGUUGGUCAAUGAUCUAGCAUUUUACCAGUACACUGUAAUAGUAUUAAAAAAAUGUACAAAAAUUGCAUUCGAGUCCCAAUCAGAGUCCCAGUCUGAAACUGAUACUGCUAGCAGGACAGUUUAGGAGAUUCUUGUGACUGAGGCAGUUAUUCCUGAUUGGGACUUUGAAUUAUUAUUAUUAUUUCAUUUUUUAAAAUAAAAUAAAUAUUAACCUCCUAAGGCCCAAGCUGUUUUUUUACAUGCAUUUUUUAUUUCUCUUUGCUAUUUGGGCUUAUUAGAACCUGAUUAGAAUAAAAACUAAGCAUCAUCUUUUGAUAAGAUGUACUUUUAGAGAAAAAGUAUGUCCACAUAUGUGGAUUCUUGUUCCGAAUUUCUAAAAAGUGCUGUCCACGCAUGUGACCGCUAAGCCCUAGGAGGGAAUUUUAACAUCCUGAUGUGUCAUAGUGUUAGUUUUGUUUUGGUUUUUUUUUUCAGCACUUUAUGCUAUGAUGUUAGCAUGCAUUGGCAUUAGCUCACAUUUUCUUAUGCACUGUUGUUAUUUUCCUGUGAAGCAUACGUUUAAUAAAAACAUUUAAAAUGUAUAACACAGUAUUAAAGGAUAUUUCUUUCAUGAGACACCAUAUAAUGAAAGCCAGAUGGUGUCAGAUUAGGAAAUGGUGUAUGUUAAGAAAUACAAAUAAAGAAUAAACAGAAUGAACUCUGACAA